ACGCAUCUGACAUGGAUACCACUUCCGAUUACUUUGAAGACUUACCUAUCGUUUUGGAAAAAGGCUUGAAAAAGAAUGGUAGAACUAUACAGGAUUUGAAAAAAGACAUUCAUAUAGUAAAAGAAUGGAUUCAAACGCAACCACACUUUCCGGAAACACCAGAUGAUAACACAAUAGUGAACUUUUUGUUCAUGAAUAAGUUCAGUAUUGAAAAUGUCAAGAACAAAUUUGACAUGUAUUAUACAAUAAGAACUGUACUACCAGAAUUUUUUCGUAACAAACAUCCUCUUCAAUCUCGAAUGCAAAAUACAAUGGACACCAUGUUUUGGAUAUCUCUGCCAAAAGUAACCGAUGAAGGCUAUCGAGUAACCAUUUUCCAUCUUCCGCAAGCCAAUUCCGAAAGCUUCGAUGUGAUCAAUUGUUUAACAUAUUCGUAUAACGUUUUUGAAGUGAGAUUGCAUGAAGAUUACACAGUGGGGGAAAUCUUCAUUUACGAUUGUAACAACGUUACCAUGGGGCAUGUGAUCAAAGUUACGCCAACUAUAGUCAAAAAAGCAUCUUUAGUAUGGGAGGACACCUUCAACAAUAACACAAAACAAAUACAUCUCAUCAACGCCCCGUCAUAUCUUGAACCUAUUGUAUCUUUGGCAAAAAAAAAUGAUGAAGCCCAAAAUGGCAAAUAGGUUUCAUUUCCACAAGAAAGUAGAAUCAAUCCACAACUUCGUACCACACCGGAUAUUACCAGAAGAUUAUGGAGGAGAUGAAAUGUCACUGCGAGCACUGAACGAGCGUUGGAGAGAAAAAUUUUGCCAAUACAAAGAGAGAUUCGAUGUUUUGGAAAAUCUGCAAAUUGACGAAUCACUGAGACCAGCCCCUCUAUUGAAUGAUGAAAUACUAGGAUUUUAUGGAAAUUUCAAAAAAAUAAAUGUUGACUGAAGUAGCUUCA